AUGACUGAUUCUAGACCAAAUGGCCACCGUCCUACGCUACCGGAGGGCCGGUUUCCCGAACCGAUUGCGUCGCAGAGUCCGGUCGCUUCGACAGCCGAUGCUGUCGAUGAGGAAGUUCCUCUCAAGGACGCGUCGCAUACCUCCAGCUCUCCGACCUCGGACCGGAAAAAGCAUGCCAUCGGCAAGCCAUUAGUCCUCGCAACCCUGCAAAACCAAGCUUCACAACAACCUCAAGUUACAGGGGCUCAGCCCGAUGGGGACAGAAAACCGAUAAAUAUGCCCACCAAAGGAUCAAUAUCAUCAGACGUGUCGUCUACGAGAAACUCAAGUGCCAUUUCCAUUGCUACGGCUAGAACGAGCUCCACUGUCACUAGCGAUAGCACUACCUCCGAGCAGAGUGCGGCAAACCCCUCGAAAACCCCACCCAAAGAGCUGCCACCACCAAUCAGCCAACAAAACGUUAAUGCCACAAUUCCCCAGACACCUGAGAAUUCAUCGGGUCCGCCCCCCAAUAAACACUCGCGCCCCAGCCAACCAGCCCCUGGCGCUCACGUGCAGUUUUCUCACACUCCGUUUAUACAAAAGCUCUAUGCUAUGCUAGAAGACCCUAAUAUGGAGCAUGUGAUUAUUUGGAGCGAAAAUGGCGACAGUUUCCUGGUGAACCCAAGCACCGAAUUCUCCCAGUUACUGUGCCUUUAUUUUAAACACACGAACAUCUCUUCGUUCGUGAGACAACUAUCAAUGUAUGGAUUUCACAAAGUGGUCCCUUCACACGGUACUAUACACAGUCCGUCUUCAAAAAAUCCCGACUUUCCCUGGGAGUUCCGUCACUGUGACGGUGCAUUUAGACGAGGUGACAUUGAAGCACUCCGAACAAUUAAGCGGCGCUCUUCGAGGCAUACCAACCCUUCAAAACGUCAGAGAAUUGUAAACGCCUGGGAAAACACUGGAUUCACACAGCAAGCACCCUCCGGCGGACACGAUCCUGGAAAUAUGCACUCUCAACGAGGCCGUCCACCUCCCCAGGUAAGCCAAAGCCACCCCCAGCAGCCAGUUGUUGCUCAACCACAACAACAGCAGCAGAUGCCAUUAUUAUCUGGACAUAAUCAAGGGCCCAGUGAUGCGGUUUACGCAAAAUUCACUUACCGUCACCCAAGCAUGAGCCAUCCUAGUGGUGUCAUGGGACAUUGGCCCAUGUUACCAAGAACAUCAAACGUUCAGUCUCAUUUACCAUCUCUUGGCUCCAGCUCGAUGCAUUCAAACUCUGUAAACUCGCAUUUCAGCUCGGUCUCAUCCAUGGGAUCGUCAGUGAGCCAUCCAGGUAGCCAGCAAAUUGGCCACCCGAGCAUGGCUGGAUCAAUGCCAAAUUACACCAAUAUGGAUUCUCCUCAAGGUGACAAUGUUUUAGAUUUCCUGAUGCAAGCUCAGCAUAGUCUGCAGCUGCAGAUUUCAGAGCUAAGCAGAGCUGUGGCAGAUAUUCGAAGUGCCAUGGAGCAUAUUCGCUGGUCCGAAAAUGCCAGAGCAGCCAGUUCAAAACCAGCAUCCCCCGAAGUUACCCCCACAGAGCCUUUAGAGCCGGCGUUCACGGGAUCUGCUGUACAACAACGACCUCCGUCAUCUAAGACAGCUCAAGCUGUCGACGAUGAAACAAAAUCCCCAAAAUCGGUACAAGCCGCAGCGAGCACACCGAAUGAACACUUGGGCGAAGCUGCUGGAGCAGGUCUUGCCGCUGGCCCGGAGACCCAAGACCGUAUCAAGCUCGAGUCUUUACUAAACUGA